GAGGGGGACAAGGAGGACGCGCUGCUGGACCACGCGCAGGCCCUGAUUUCGCCGGUCGUCGGGCAGGAGGCCGACCCCAGCCGGCGGCUGAUACACACCCUCGCCACCAUCUGCGACGUCCAGGAGGCUACAGGGGCAUCACGGGGCUAGACGCGGCUCCGCAGUCGCCGUCGUCUCCUCCCCCUCCCACCUCGAUCUCGCCCACCGCCUCCCGAUCCGGGCAGAUCUCGCGCCGGCGGCCAUGGAGAACCUGAUCUCGCUCGUCAAAAAGCUGCAGCGGGCCUGCACUGCCCUCGGCGACCACGGCGACGAGAGCACCCUCCCCACCCUCUGGGACUCGCUGCCGUCCAUCGCCGUUGUCGAAGGCCAGAGUUCGGGCAAAUCUUCAGUGCUGGAGAGCGUUGUUGGGAAGGAUUUCCUGCCCAGGGGUUCAGGCAUCGUCACCCGUCGCCCCCUGGUUCUGCAGCUACAUAGGAUUGAUGGAACUAGAGAGUAUGCGGAGUUCUUGCAUCAACCCAGGAAAAGAUACACAGAUUUCGCCGAAGUGAGGAAGGAGAUAGCUGAUGAAACUGACAGAGAAACUGGUCGUUCCAAGGGAAUAUCAUCUGCAUCUAUUUUUCGAAUGGAUGAUUACACUAAAAAUGAUUGUUAUGUAGUGCCCUGUAAUAAUACAAAGUAUAUGUCUGGAAGUGCGCAUAGGAGAAAAUAGGUAGUUCAUUGUAUA